GCAGCGAAAGUUAUAUCUAGUCAGUCAGUCCCAGACAAAGUCGAUUGCGAAGUGCGAAGUGUUUUGUUGAUAAUUUUGAGCUAACCUCACAUCUUUCUUGAUAUAAUUUUAUAUUUAAUCAGAUUUUGGGUUUACAAAUUGUUGACUAUUAUUCAGGAUUAUCUUCAGUAACCUUCGGUUACUGCUCCAGGAUAUUAAUUGUUUGGAUUAGAAGCCGUCAGCCAGAAUGUACGGAGGAUGCGAGGGCCCAGAGGCCAUGUACGUGAAGCUGAUCUCGAGCGACGGCCACGAGUUCAUAGUGAAGAGGGAGCAUGCGCUGAUGUCGGGCACCAUCAAGGCCAUGCUCAGUGGGCCCGGCCAAUUCGCCGAAAACGAAACCAACGAGAUUCACUUCCGCGAAAUACCAUCCCACGUACUGCAGAAGGUGUGCAUGUACUUUACAUACAAAGUACGCUACACUAACAGUUCCACUGAAAUCCCAGAGUUUCCGAUCGCCCCACAGAUCGCGCUAGAGCUUCUCAUGGCCGCCAACUUCCUAGACUGCUAGUCAACAAUCUAUCAAUCAAUAAGCUAUCAAUCAACAUCGAUAAUCGACACUGCUCUACCAUUUCAUUCAUGGGAAGCAUAAUAUGGCAUCAGUAGAUACACAGAAUCAAGAAUCAAUCAACUUCCGAGAAUAAAGGAUAAUAUAUUCUCUCAUCCGUAACCGUAAUAAUAUAAUUUUUUAUCUGAAUUAUC